GAGAAAAAUUGAGUUUUUGAAACUGCUUUUGCAAAUAUUCUGAUGAGCUAGGAUGGCCCCUAUUAGGAGGAGACGGGACUUCUUCACUGCUGAUCAGGUACGAGAACUUGUGAUGGACCCUGUUCCAACAGCCGACUCUGAUUCAGAGGAGAGCGAGACUGACUCUGACGAGGAAGAUGAGCCUGGUCCCACACGUACACUUUUGCGUAAUCCCACAGAACAUGAUAAUGGCGUGGACAUCAAUCACGAUUCAGACAGCGAGUUUGAAGAGGAAAUUAGGGAUGAUGUGUCGAUGGUUUCAGCAGAGGAUGAGCCUGAGGAGUGGAUAAGACUGGAAGAUGGAGAUGAAUGGCAAGCUGACUGGCUAGAUGACUUCAGUGAAAAUGGUGGACGACCAAAGCUUCUGUUUGAUGUAAACCAGAACACAAAACCACUGGACUAUUUCUAUCAGUUUUUUCCUGAAGAGCUGUUUGUUCUAAUGGCGAGAGAAACUAACCGGUAUGCAAAACAAACUCUUCAGAGACUCGGAGUACUUCAGGAGCACUCACGCCUCAACAAAUGGACCGAUACAACUGCCGAAGAAAUGAAGGCGUUCACUGGACUACAGAUGGCGAUGGGAUUAGUUACCAAGCCAGCGCUGUCGAUGUACUGGGAAGAGACCUGGAUCUUCGCCACUCCUGGUUUUGGAACAGUGAUGAGUCGCAACAGGUUUGAGUUGCUGAACUCGAUGCUACAUUUUGCAAACAACGAUGAACGCAUCCCAAAGGGGCAGGAAGGUCAUCACAUCCUCUACAAGAUCAAGCCUGUCAUGGAUAAAAUUCAGCCUACUCACCAAGCUUCAGUUCAGCCAGGACUUUCCCUGUCUAUCGAUGAGAGCCUUGCUCCCUUCAAGGGCAGACUUCAAUUCAAGCAGUACAUGCCACUCAAGCCAACAAAGUGGGGUGUGAAGUUUUGGGUGCUAGCGGACGCCAAAUCUGGAUUUUGCCUUGACUAUAAUGUGUACACUGGACGAGACGCAGACAGGGCAGCAGCUCCAGGGGGCGUUACAUCAGCCAUCGUAAAAGGCCUCACUCGUCCAUACUACGGUAGUGGCCGUCAUGUGUAUAUGGACAAUUUCUAUUCCUCUCCUGAGCUUUAUGACUCCUUAGCUGACAACAAGCUUGGUGCAUGCGGAACUGUUCGAUUGAGCCGCAGAGGUAUCCCAGAUGAAAUGAAGGCAGCUUCAGUUCAGUCGAGAAAGGGAGAUCGGCCAGCUUUCUUCAGGAAAGGACGUUUGCUGGGGGUAUCAUGGCAUGAUACGAAGCGUGUUAGUGUACUUUCAACGAUACACAACAACUCAACAGUGCAGAAGGAAAUCAGACACAGAGGAUCUGAGAAUGGCCGCCGAUCAAUAAUCAAGCCGAAGGUGGUGGAGCAGUACAAUCAACACAUGGGCGGCGUUGACCUGUUGGAUCAGAGGAUGUCCUAUUAUCGGUACCCUCAUCGCCACAUGAAGUGGUAUCGAGUAAUAUACCACUUUCUGAUGGAAGUGGCAUUGGUAAACGGACAUAUAGCAUCAAGGAUCGCUCCAGAAAAUCAGUCCAAGGAAUGUGUUCGGAGGUUCAGGCAGCAAGUAAUCUGCGGACUUGUUGAUGGCUACCAGAAGGUGAAAGCUGGGAGACCCAGAGUAUUGCGCGAGGUGAAUAGGAAUGAAAGAACAGCUGUGAGACUGGAAGGUAAACACUUCAUUGCCCUGAACCCCUCUCCAAAGUACAAGCCAGACUGCAUUGUUUGUGCUAAGAAGUUAGAAGGAAACAAGAGGAAGAGGUCACAGACCCGAUACUUCCGUAAGACUUGCCAGCUACCGAUGUGCCUCAUGAUUUGUUUUGAGGACUACCACACCAAAGUGAAGUAUUGGUAGGAUUGAACAAUGGUCAGAGACAUGUAUUUCAGAUAUGGUCAACGAGUACUUCAGUCGACAGCCUUGCCAGUAUUUUUUCUCAAUUAUUUUUAAUAUUUUGUUCCAGAUGUUCCGAUGAAUAAUAUUUUUUUGUAUUGAUGUAUGAUCGAUAUGUGUACAAUGGCCCAUUUCAUUAUCAAAUUGAUUAUUCAUCUGAUACAAAACAUUGCUAUUCAUGUACCUGUAGGUAGAACCAUUUGGGCCAUUCCAUGGUAACUCG